UACGAUAGUAACCGGAGACGUUUUCAGUUAGAACACUUUUCAUGCUUUUAGAACACAGCAUGAUUUUGAAUCGCCGACAGGUCUCGGUCUAGCAUGCCAAACUCGGCUUUACACGCCCAUGCACUGCGUGUGUAAACAUGUACACACACGUGGAGCUGAUCGAGGAAGUGAAGGUUUGUACUGAUGCUCUUCAACCAAGCACAUUAUUGAAGUGUCAGACAGUUGUCCAUAAGGAGGACGGACAAAACGUAUCUUUUGUCCUCUAUUUUACAAGAAGUGAUGCAGUAUUGAAGAAGUUAACUAUGGCUCCACAUCCUGUCACUCAGGCCAUCAUUGAUCUGUCAGCUGGAGCAUGUGGUGGGAUUGCAUGUGUGCUAAGCGGGCAGCCCUUUGAUACAGCCAAGGUGAAGAUGCAGACUUUCCCCAGCUUGUACAGAGGCUUUGUCCACUGCUUCGUCUCAGUCUAUAAACAGGUUGGACUGCGAGGGCUAUAUCAGGGCACCACACCUGCCCUCAUUGCCAACAUUGCUGAAAAUGCUGUGCUCUUCAUGAGCUACGGCUUCUGCCAAAAUGUUGUGCGCUUUGUUUUAGGACUGGACCAAUGCACAGAACUCAGUGAUGUUCAGAAGGCCUGCUCAGGCUCUGUUGCGUCCAUCUUCUCCUCUCUGGCUUCAUGCCCCACUGAACUGGUUAAAUGUCGGCUGCAGGCCAUGCAUGAAAUGGAGGCAUCCGGCAAGAUCGCCAGUGGACAGAAAAGCACGGUGUGGUCUGUUGUGAAAAAUGUGUUACGGACAAACGGACCUCUGGGCUUCUAUCAGGGUCUCACCACCACUAUAGUCCGUGAGAUACCUGGAUACUUCUGUUUCUUUGAAGGAUAUGAGCUCAGCCGCUCAAUGUUUGCCCAACACAUGGGAAGAGACAAAGAGCACAUAGGUGUUGUGCCCUUGAUGAUCAGUGGUGGUUUUGGCGGUGCCUGUCUGUGGUUGGUUGUGUACCCCAUAGACUGUGUGAAGUCUCGCAUCCAGGUUCUGUCUUUAGCAGGGAAACAGGAAGGCUUCCUCAAGACUCUUAUGGGGAUUUUACGAAAUGAGGGAGUGGCUCCACUGUAUUCCGGUUUGACCUCUACUAUGAUCCGAACAUUUCCUGCCAAUGGAGCUCUCUUUUUAGCCUAUGAAGUCAGUCGCAAGAUAAUGAUGCAACAGUUUGCCCUCUAGUGCAUUUGGUUGCGUUUUGGAACAUCCUUAGUGAUGUCUUGGUAUACAUAUCUGAACAACUUUAAAGGCUAAAAAGGCCUGUGUUUGACAAAUAUGUGAACAAACAAUAUUGUAUUUUACUGUAUUUUAAUGUUUUUGAUGUUUUAUAAAAUUAACUCAUUAUGCUGCAACCUCUUAGACUUUAACUACACAAAUACAACCACUUUACAAAAAUGAUUAAAUAUUUAGUAAAUAUUAAAGAUUAAAAAUUGUUUAUUUAG